GUACAAGCUGACUUUCUGCCGGCGAACGUUCUUGAACGAUGCCCCUGCCGGCGACACGCAGAUCACCAUCCCUGCUGAGACAGACACAGGCGGCUUCACCCACUUCUUGCUGUAUGCUUCCUCGGCUCUGGCUGAGCAAUCCACGCCGGCCUUCCUUCGCAUCGACGACCUGCGCUCCAGGGCCGCCAGUCUUAGCUUCGUGGACUUGGACCUCGACGCUGGAGAGAUUGGUGGGACCAUCAGCCCCUGGGCAGACUUCUUGUUCAUGAUCCGAGCUUUUGCUUGCCUGGACUUGUGCUGGUCGCCCAUCUUCGACGCGCACGCCAUCACCUCGCACCAUGGAUUCGAUACCACCCGGUACAAUAUCUAUUUGGCCACAAGCUACGAGGGUGCGGGCAGGGAGCUGCAACUGACGUCUACCCAGCUCAGCGUCCUACUUCCUCCGGAGACUGCUCUGAGGCACUUCACCCAUCUUGUGGUCUUUGCCACUUCCGAGCUUGCUGAACAGACAACGCCCGUGGCCUUACUCCUCUCUGACGUGCAAGCGACGGUGGCCAACGUGUCUCUGCCAGACUAUGACUUAGAUGAGAAGGAAGUGGGCGGCACGCUUGUUUGGGACGAGCCCAGCAAUACAGCACAGGUGACUCAUUAUGUCAUCUACUUCGCCGACUACAACGUCACGAACGGCUCUGACAUCCGCGCUUACUUCAAGAACGUCUCUGUGGGCAACGAGAGCGUGGAGGUGGCACCCGAGACAACAUUGGUCAACUACGCCAACAUCGUGCCGGAGACGACCCACGUGGCCAUCUACACCCUCUCGUCCUUAGUGGAGCAGAGCACUCCAGCAACACAUGAGAUCGCGGAUGCUUUUGCCACCGUGUCCGGCUCGCUCUUUGUGGACAAGGAUCUGGAUGAGGAGGAGAUCGGUGGUCGGAUGUCUUGGCAGCCGCCCCUGCAGACGGAGAAAGUGGUCCAAUACAAUGUCUACUUUGCCCAGAGCUCUGAUGGGCUCAGCAGGCAGCGUCAAGGGCUCUUGGAUUUUGGACCAGGUGGAGGGACCACGGGAGUUGAUGCGAUCUACUUGGAUGUCCCUCCAGACACAGCCCUUGGGUCGUUCUCGCACCUCUUGGUCUACACCCGCUCAGCACUAGUUGAGCAGAGCUUCGGAGGCAGUGCAUUCUAUGUGCAAGGGGCUGUGGUCCCUGGAAGCAGUGUUACUAGGGCCUGCAUGAACACUGCUUGUUCUCGGCAACUAGCCAGAGGCCUAUGUCGGAACCAGAACCUCAGGCAUUUGCUGGUCGUUGGAUAA